UUCUCAGGGCCAGAGAAUUCCUUCUUUUUAUUAAUCUCCUGUUAAACCGAAGCAAGGAAUGGCCAACCACAACAAAGAUGGCGGCAGCAACCUCACCACGGCAACUGCGAUGCAUUUGUCGACAAGCGCACCAACCUUUAGUUCCGGCCUGCCAGUUUGACGUCACUUCCGGACCCGGCUCGGUUUGUGCGCGCUCUUCCUGCUGCUGUGGUGGAAGUGCGGAUCCUGGUGAGUAGUUGAGUGAGUCUCGAGAGGGGACUCGGAGAGAAUGGGGAGCCAGCAACAUGGAAAGGGAAGGUGGGAAGCCCGCGGCCGUUGUCGCAGUCGUGACUGAGCCUCGGUUUACCCAGCGAUACAGGGACUAUCUCGAGAAGCAGGAACUCCUGGAUAGACGGCACCGUGUGCAAAAGAUGCCGGAUGGCACCGUGGCGCUACCCGUGCUGGCAGAGGCCCUCCCUGAGCAGCACCUGCGGGAGCUGAGGAAUUGUGUGGCUCCCGGCAGCACCUGUAUAGUAACCCAACUCCUGGAUCCUGUUCCCUCCAAGAAGGCUCAGAGUUGCUCACCUGCCCAAAGGCUGUGUUUUGAGGUGAGUCGCUGGGUAGAGGGCAGGGGAGUGACGUGGUCAGCUGAGUUGGAGGCUGAUUUGCCCCGAUCUUGGCAACGACAUGGUAACCUCUUGUUGCUGAGUGAAGACUGUUUCCAGGCCAAGCAGUGGAAAGAUCUGGAACCAGAACUCUGGGAGACUGUUGCGUCGGCACUUGGCGUCCAUCGUGUGGCCAAACGAGGGCGGGUAUCACCAGAUGGCACCCGGACACCAGCAGUGACUCUGCUGCUGGGCGACCACGGCUGGGUAGAGCAUGUGGAUAAUGGGAUCCGAUAUAAGUUUGACGUGACCCAGUGCAUGUUCUCCUUCGGAAACAUCACGGAGAAGCUUCGAGUGGCAUCGCUGCCCUGUGCUGGAGAAGUGCUGGUGGAUCUCUACGCAGGGAUUGGCUAUUUUACGUUGCCCUUCCUCGUCCAUGCUGGUGCUGCCUUCGUCCACGCCUGUGAGUGGAACCCCCAUGCUGUAGUUGCCCUGAGGACUAAUCUUGAGAUCAAUGGAGUGGCAGAUCGGUGCCAAAUACACUUCGGGGAUAACAGAAAACUGAAGGUCUCAAGCAUUGCAGACCGGGUGAACCUGGGGCUGAUUCCCAGCUCUGAGGAAGGCUGGCCCAUUGCCUGCCAGGUGCUAAGACAGGACGCUGGGGGCAUUUUGCAUAUCCACCAAAAUGUGGAUUCUUUCCCAGGGAAGAAUCUCCAGCCUCUUGGAAACAGUGAAAUGGAGAAGGGGCAUUGGCCUCAUCCUCAGCAACUUAUCACCAACCAACGGACAAAUGGAGCUCCCGAGGAUUCUAGGAGAAAAACACUGUCAGCAGCCACCAAACCAGAGUGGCAGAGGUGGGCAGAAUCUGCAGGAACUCGGAUCUCUUCCCUUCUUCAGCAGGUGCACGGGAAACCGUGGAAGACACAAAUCCUGCACAUCCAUCCGGUGAAAUCGUACGCUCCUCAUGUGGACCACAUAGUCUUGGAUUUGGAGUGCCGCCCCUGUCCUCUAGUUGGCUAGAGAAGGUGGAUCCUGAGAUACAGGGAUCUACAUUCUUCUCCGAGCACUUGCUGGAUUGGCCUGGUCAGGAAGAGGCACCUAAUGGAACCAAGGAAAAGAGACUGAAAGGAUCAGGAGGCUCCUGGAGGCUCUGUCACCUCAAUCCAGGACUGUGUAAAAGUACUGACGGCUUCCUUUGUGAGCAUCAGCAUUAGUUGCCAGUUAAUGCACCACUUGAUGGAGAGGUUGUGAUUAAAAAACAGAAAUGAUAAUUUUAUUAAGCUCCCUCAA